UUGUGUACCAUUCUUAGGACCCGGAUGUGACACGGUGAAGGAGUUUUAAGAACAGAAUGUAUGCCAUAAUUUAUCUAGCCUUGCUUUGUGCUACCGUCCAGGAGGUGACAGCCGCUUGCCCGGAUGGCUUUAUCCGACACGAGAAUUCAUGUUACAGACUAUUUCAUAACAAGUUCACAUGGCCGGAAGCAUCAUCAUUCUGUCGCAGCUACAAUACACACUUACUGUACUUGGAGACUGAGUCGGAGUUUGGAUUUAUCAAGGCAAGGGCUGCAGAGAUUGGAGGCGAGGGUUUCUGGACGGGAGCAACUGAUGCCCUAACAGAGAACGAGUGGAUAUGGAAUGAGACGGGUGAGCGACUGGCCUUAACCUCAGACUGGGCCCCGGGGGAACCGGAUCAUGCCGUUGGCAGGGAUUGUCUAGGACUGUGGGGAAAAAAUGGCUUUAAAUUAUCUGCAUGGGACUGUCGUCACUUACUGGGACCUAUCUGUGAGACAGAUGCCGACAAUGAAGGACAGGGCAUUAUUGGCUGAAGGACAAUUUAUGUCACCUGUACAACUGACUAUAUAAACUGACCAGGAGGACACAAUAAAAUAGCAAACACCCAUAAAUACCUUUUUUUAAAUGUCGUUAUAUUUCUGAAUAAAAUUUA